CACAUCAUGCGCUGAGGAGUCCUGUGCGUCAUCGGGACCCCCGGCGGCGCUGCGCACAACCCGCAUAGGGGACCAGCGACCAGCGCGCCGUCGAUUGAAACCGGUCGGUCUAGCCGACUUAUCCGAAGCGGUCCGGGGCGCCUCAAACCCGGAGGACCUGCGGUGCGACGGGGAGAGAGAGAGAGAGAGAGAGAGAGAGAGAGAGAGAGAGAGAGAGAGAGAGAGAGAGAGAGAGAGAGAGAGAGAGAGUGCGGAGGCAGCAGCGCCGGAGGAGAUGCGCAAAUCUGCAGGUGCUGUGGCGCGGUCGUAAAACGCGAGUCCUGACGAAGUGAGGCAACGUUAAAGCCAUGCCAGGGGUGACCAAGUACAAUCUAGUGGAUGACGCGCACGACCUGAGGCUCCCCAUGCACAACGACGAGGUGUUUAAGCAUGGGGUGUGCUUCGAGGCGAAGUACAUUGGCAGUUUGGAGGUGGGUCGCCCCGGCAGCCGGAUGGAGAUAGUCGCUGCCAUGAGGAGAAUCCGUUAUGAAUUCAAACUGAAGAAUAUUAAGAAAAAGAAGGUCAACAUUGUCGUAUCUACCGAUUGUGUCAAAGUUAUUUUGCGCAAAAAAAGGAAGAGAAAAGGAUGGUCAUGGGAUGAUAGUACCGUCUUACUGACACAGGAUCCCAUCUACAGGAUCUUCUAUGUCUCACAUGAUGCCCAAGACUUGAAGAUCUUCAGUUAUAUAGCGAGAGAAGGACAGAGCAGCAUUUUCCGCUGCAAUGUUUUCAAGUCAAAGAGGAAGUCACAGGCCAUGAGGAUCGUACGGACGGUGGGGCAGGCGUUUGAUGUGUGUCACCAGCUGACCCUGCAGCAGAAAAGCGAUGACCAAGAAGAUGAGGAGGGGAAGGCAGAAGACUCAGAAGCAGUGCCAGCAAAGAAGAGGUUUGCAUUGUCAGAAGGGGCCGACCUUGAAGCCACCACAGAGGAGAGCAUUGAGUGUGUCUCCUCAUCCGGCCUGGAGAAGAGCAAAAAGGACGAGGCGCUCGGUAACAAUGAGAAGGUGCCUGGUGACCCGUCUCUCCUGCUGGACUCCCUCAUCCUCGCGGCCUCGGUGUCGGGUCUGUCAGUAGAAGAGGCUCCCUGCUCUGCAGAGCACCAGGUCCAGCUGCUCCAGAAACAGCUGCAGCAGCAGGAACAACAGGCUCUGGCAGCUUCAGAGCAGGUCCAUGUCCUCCAGGAGCAGCUGUCCGUGGAGUUGUGUGCGCGGACUGAAACUCAGGCCAGAGUCCAGAGGCUUCUGCAGCAGAACACCGACCUGCUGCAGCACAUUUCCCUGCUAGUCAAACAGAUCCAGGAACUGGAGCUUAAAGCUGCUGGCCAAUUAACAUCCAUGGGCUCCCAAGACAGUCUUCUGGAGAUCACUUUCCGCCCCAAGCCCCCCAGCUCUACUUCGUUCACAGGCCCCUUUUCAGCUCCAUCCCAGGUCCAGAUCAGCGACAGUCCCUGGGUCUCCGCCCUCCUCGGGCCCCGCUCUCCUGGCGCCUCGGGCGCCGACACCGGCCCGCUGGAGCUCAGCGGCAGCGGCGUCCGCCUCGAGUGCUUCCGCUUCACCUCCCGCGGGCCGGACCUCCAGGAGCACGGCCGGGACGCGGGGGAAACGCCCGGCGACGGAGGCCCGGACGGAAGCCCGCUGCUAGGGGACCAGGUCCUGGGGGCCCUGGAGCUCCUCCGGUUUCGGGAGUCCGGGAUCGGAUCGGAGUACGAAUCGAACACGGACGAGAGCGACGACCGGGACAGCUGGGGUCAGGGGGAGGGCAGCGGGUCCGACGGCGCGGCUCGACUGCUGAACGUGCUGAACGCAGAGUGUCUGGCGGACUGCUUGGGGGACGAGAUGGCCGUGUAGCGGUGCUACUGAGACUGCACACUGCACCUGCGCGCCGGCCCAGUGGGGAAACGGCUUCGCGUUCAGAAUGUGAAGGGCAUCUUGGGCUGACUCGCUCACCUUCUGUUUUGAUUCCCUGUGCACACUGUCCCACUUCUAUGAGUCAGGCGCAUUUGAUAAAAGAAAGAGAGAUUCAUCAACUAAAUUGAUGCAUCAAAGAUCCCCAUAACACCAGAAAUCAGGUGUCGCUCUGGAUUUGGGAUUGCGACUUCUGUCCAACUGUCAGAAGGCAUAAACAUGGUGUCGUUUCAGGCUCCGUCUCUCUGGAAAUCUCUGCCGUCUAGUUGUUGAUUAAUGUUGUGCCUCACAUCCGUUUGGUUUCCUGGCUUGUUACAGUGUGGUUUUGUCUGUGUUUAUGGAGUUGUGGCAAAUUCCGGCUCGAGUUUGGUCGUUUUCGUUGUUUUUAAAUGAAGAUCUGUGAAGGAAAGACCAACUAUGUCUGGUUAUGUUAAAACGUUUCUUUUGGUGUGAAAACUAAAUCCUUACUGCGCUUGCAAUGUAAUGUUAAAAAAAAUAAGCAAGUCGUGAAUAGUCCAUUUUUUCUCUCAUUCCAAAACACUGUAUACAGUUUGAUUGACUUAUUUGCAUUGCAUAAAACACGAGACCCAGUGGAGUUCAUACUAUUCUCUAUAGUGUUUUAUAUCACGAGAAGACCGCUUUCUGAUUAAAUGAUUGUGUGUCUGAGAGACAAACAUCUCACUGUGUGCAGGUGCUGCUACAACCUGGUUUCUGCUGCUUAAAAAUGUAGCUACUGACCACUGAAAGUGUCAUUUGUUAAAGCUGUACUGCGGCAAACGUGAAAUGCUUGCUCACUGUUCCUCUACCCUUCAGAGGAAUUGCCUGGAAAGACCUGAAGUACCAUCUUAGAGAAAGAUGGAGGUGCAUAAGACUCCUGGACUCUUGCAUAUUCUCCAGCUCCACCUUGCUGACUGUGAGCUACAUCUCUGAAUCACUGAAUCGUGUCUCUGAGAAAUCGAUUAAUCUCUUCCUCCUGUCUCCUUCGAAUCACCUCUUGUUCCCUGAAGCUCGUCACCUCCUCCCCUCUCCUCCGUACCCGCAUUCCUCUGUCACCAAGUUGUGUCUGUUCACAUAAAGUGUACUAAGGAUUAAAGUGCACUUGAAUCAAUGUUUCUCCGUGUGGAAUUACGUGCCCUUUUCUCAAAUGCCGCCUGCUAUCAAGAGCCGUUGAGUCCAUUUAGUGUGCGCUGCUAAUUGCUGAAAUCCGUCUUCUGUUGAUAUAACCACGAGUACGUCUGGCGGUAAGCAGCGACGGUUCUUGCGCUGACCUUUAGGAAAGUGUUUUUCUCAUUAAAAUUGAUAAUAAGAUGCUGCCAUGCUGACGGCCUUUUGUGGGGAUGAGGGCGCUCUCUGUUAUUGUUAAAACAGCUGCAGUUGGUAAAUAGGCACAUCUCUCAUUAGGCUCACCUGUGUGUGCAGGCGGCUUGAUGCAACGCUGCAGAUGAGGUGUGAAAACAUUAAGAAUAUCCACCAUUACCCGCCCACAUGCAGCCACAAGACCCCGCAGCUCGGCGAGUGUGGCCGCCAUCCUGACACAGACCGGAAGCCUCCAGGACGCGGCCUCUACUUUGGCUUACUUGAUUAUAAUGAAAACUGAGAGUGUCAUUCAGCAUUCAGCUCACCCCUUGUUGAAUUCUGCAGGUAAAAGUAAUUCAAAAAGUCCUUUUAGCAGAGGAGGGAGAUGGAGAUGUCAGCCGGUCGGUCCAGCACCUCCAGUCUGAAUUAUUGGCCGAUGGAUGCUCACGAGAUGGUUUUCAAUGUUGUCAAAUAUCUAACAUCGAAUCGGCAUGAAAUUUGUACAGAAAUUCAUCGUUCUCGAUUCAUUCUUAUAUCUUUGGUUGAUCCCAUUUUUUCCCUCUAGCGCCAACAAGGGUUGAAAUUGGAAAUCUCAUGUUCCCCUAAAACUAAUAUGUGGAAUCGUAGGCUUGUCAAGAGGAAUCUGCCUUUCCAGUGCCGCCUUAAAGGCAAGUUUGUGGCUAUUUAUGUCAUAUAGGAAUAUAGAUGAGAAGACUAAAUAGUUAAUAUGAAGGUAGAGCCAGCAUUCUGUUUUUAGCAGAAACACUGGAAACAUGGGCAUUUUACUCUUUUAUAAGAUGAUAUAUUAUUAUUGUGUGCUGUGCUUUUGUUGGUUAGCAUUUAGCAGUCCGGGAGCAGAUGUCAAAGUGGGUACGUAAUAGUAACACAUAGUAGUGACGGUCUUCCCCCCGUUUUUGUUUCUGUUGUCAUUACAUUUACAGCUCACUUUAUUUUAACACAAACCAUUGAGUGGAAUAUUUCCAUACUUGUGUUUUUAAUGACAGAAAAUAAAAUGUGUUUUCAGGUCAGUACUGUGUUAGAACCGAUGUCAGCUUUGGUUGCUCAAAACAUUAACACAAUCUUUUAUGUCUCUGUAAAAAAACCUUUUCAUGAGAACUGUGCUGCAUGAUAAAUAAAAUGUUACAAAACAUCUGCACAUAA